AUGGCGCAUGGUGGUCAGGCGAUGGCCUGUGGGGCUGCAGCUGGAGGACCUGAUGACACCGAUAAAUGCGUCAGUGGUGGUGCUCUUCAAGUUUCGUGGACAUCUGAGGAUGAGGGUGGUGGAGGAAGGAUUUUGAAUUCCCUUGUGGUCGGGUUCCACAAAGCCUCCCGUGGAGUCUUUGUAUGCUUUGUUUCGAGGGUAACUUGUUCAUAUGAUUCUGGUACCGAAAGCAGCAACAAACCAUUGCAAGUAGAUAAGGGAAGUGAAGAUCGAUUGUCCACUUCCCGUGAGGCUCGAAACUGCGCCACCAAAAACUUGGUCUCAUCCUUGAUGAUGGGAGUUUUGUACAAAUUCAGGAAGGAUUUGAAUUUUGAUUUGGCGUGGGCAAAAAGAUUGAGGAACAUGCUUCUCAAUUAUUAUUAUUCCUCUUUGCGCUGUUGGGAGGGAAGAAGAACCAACACUUCUGAAUAG